AGACGUCGUACUCGCUGCGCAGUCUGCAGGUUUUUCUUUUGUCGAUCACUCAGCUUUUGGGUGGUGCGCUCCUCGUGUACUGACAUCUAGAAUCUGACGGCCAGUUCCGGAUUAGUCAAGUGCCGAAAUGACGUCGAGCUACACGCGCCUGUUCCGCGUCCUAUUCGUUAUCAUAUUCCUGAAGUUGCUCUUCCUUCUCGGCCUCUAUUUGCACAGUUACGACGGCGUUUCCAGGUUUCACAGGAGUCCGCAAGUGGACAUCUUCGACGAGUUGCUAGUGGAUCGAAGGGAAAUGCCCUCGUUGGAGCAGCGAAUGAAAUGGAUUCGUGAGGAGAUGCCUUCUUUUCCGCUGGAAGAACUAAUUGCCAGAGAGAAUCUGCAUUUGCCUUCACCAGCUUGUGGCCCGGCGCCAGAUCUGAUGAAUAUUGACUUCCACAAUACCUAUUGGCAGAGGGCUGUUAAUCAGAACCUCACGUACUACCUCUUCGCAGCCUACUACGAUGCUAGGGAAGCAGUGCCAGAGGCUCCGCUGGUUCGUCUUUUGGCAAUGGUAAACCAGCACAAGGACGACUCCUACAAGUACCCCGAAAUCUUCUGCCAGUUUUGGUUUAAGGGCGUAGCUUCACCGGUUAUUGUUCCCGUUUCGGAGCACCUGGUCAUGUGGCCAUUUGGGCACGCUCCUCGGCGAUAUUACCCGACAUUUUUGAGCUGUCCCUUGCCGGAGGGUCAGUAUCAAUGGCAGGUCCCCAAGAUGGUUUCCUUGACGGCCAAGAAAUGCGACAGGGCAAGAAACCUCUUGAGGGUGAUUUACGAAACAGACGAAACAGCAGAUGUUGCCAAAGAUCUGGGAAAGCCCGAAGUGAACGCCACGUCGUCCUCCAAAUCCACCGAUCCCAAAUUUGUGAUAUGUGUAAAGGCCAUGGAUUUUCCGUAUGAAGAUAAGUCCUGGCGCCUGAUCGAGUGGUUGGAGCUAAUGCGUUUGUUGGGCGCCCACAAAGUGGUGAUGUACGAUGCCCAAAUGCAUCCGAAUAUGACGAGGGUGAUCAACGACUAUUUAACCACGAGUCCCGGCUUCGUGGAGCUUCGUCCAAUGUCCUUGGGCCGGGGGGAGCCGCAUGCCCGACCACAUUUCCAGCACUAUGCAAUGAUGGCGGAUGGCUUCAAUCGAAUCCUGAACGAAAUGAUACCGUACAACGACUGCUUCUACCGGAAUAUGUACAAGUACGACUAUGUCGCUGUGUUCGAUAUCGACGAAGUGAUAAUGCCACUCGGCAACUGCACCACCUGGCCGGAGUUGGUGAAACUAGCCCGGAUUGUUCCGGACUAUGAGAGCCGCACUCCCGCAGAUUGUGAGGAGUGGGUGAGCUUCUGUUUCCGGAACGUGUACUACCCAAGGUAUCCAGAGCGUCCGAAGGUUUACCGGAACUUGUCCAGCUCCUUCUACAUGCUGCAGCACGUGGAGCGGGUGAGGCAGCAUUGCAAUCGCGGGGCGGCAGCAAAGUGUAUCCACGACACCCGAUUCGCCGUCGGACUGCACAACCACUUCACAUUCUAUCACACCGAGGAAGCGGCAUGUGCCGCCAAAUCGGUGCCCAUUGAGUUUGCCCAGAUGCAGCACUAUCGCGAACCCGACACGAAGUCCCUGCUGAUCGAUCCCAUUGUGGAUGCCAGCAUCUGGCGGUUUCAGCCCCUUUUGCAGGCAAGAGUUGAGCAACGAUACCGGAGACUGGGCUUCCUGCCCAGCGAGCAGCAACUGGCGGAGACUCUGGAAAGUCGUCGAAGGCGGGAUGAACUGCAAUUGAGGGAGGCCGUGGGAGCAGCCUAGGAUCUUAUCAGGAGAAAAGCUCCUAAAAACUUGAGCGUUUUUCUGUACAUUUUUUUUUUAGCAUGACUUAGUAAUACUUGGACUCCUAGUGAUUUUAUGAGUAGAAUAUUUAAUAAAUACGCCUAUGUAUAUAUGAUAUAUUAAGAAGC